UCCGCAGCCACCAGGCCCCCGGGCCAUCCGCUGGAGGUGCCGGCGGGAGCCCCGGAGCGCACCGUUCCGCGGACACACCUGGGGCAGACGGUCGCCCCCGGGGUGGGGGAUGGGGUGCUCGCCCGGACGCCGUCUCUCCUGAGCAUGCUCAGUCGAGGGUCCGCGCGCUGGCGAGGGCUGGGGACGCACCCCCAGGGCCCUGCGGAGGGAGGAGAGGCUGGGAGUCUCCCCUGGAGACACUAUGGAGAAGUACCAGGCCUCUUCCAUCCUCUGACCUGUAAUGCCGGUGUCCACCCCACCCCGGUGGCCCUUGGCCUCCCUGCACAGAGCUCUGACACGGCAACCCUCUCUCUGCAGGUUUGGUUCAAAGCAAAAGGUCCGGACUCAGGCCCGAGUUCCAGUCUGAUCCAGGCCACCUCACUUAUUAGCACUCUAGCCUCAGACAUGACCGUCACUCCCUUCCUCGGGAUUUUGGGCCAGAUGAGUCCUGGGGCCUUGGGGGUGAACCUGGUGGUGGAGGAAAGAGAAAACAAAGUCAAGCGUGUGAUAAAGCAGGUGGAAUGUAUCGAUGAGCAUCAGGCCAAUGAGGCCCUGGAGGAGUUGAUGCCGCUGCUGAAGCUUCAGCACGCCCACAUCUCCAGCUACCGGGAGCUCUUCCUCACAUGGAACAGUGAGAUUUCCUCUCUGUUCCUCUGCCUGGUGAUGGAGUAUAACGAGGGAAGCUUCCAGAAGAUCAUUGAGAAGAAGAGGGAGACAAAGACAAUCAUCGACUCUGAAUGGAUGCAGAACAUGCUGGGCCAGGUUCUGGACGCUCUGGAGUAUCUGCACCAGCUGGACAUCAUCCACAGGAACCUGAAGCCCUCCAACGUAGCCCUCGUCAGCAGCCACCACUGCAAGUUACAGGACCUGAGCUCACACGCACUGAUGACAGACAAACCCAAGUGGAACAUUCGUGCAGAGGAAGACCCUUUCCAGAAGUCCUGGAUGGCCCCCGAAGCCCUCAACUUCUCCUUCAGCCCCAAGUCGGACGUCUGGUCCCUGGGCUGCAUCAUUCUGGACAUGCUCAGCUGCUCCUUCACGACCAGAACGGAUGCCAUGCAUCUGCGAAAGUCCCUCCGGAGUGACCCGGCCAGGCUGUGGGGCGUCCUGCAGACCCUGGAGGAGAAGAAGAUCCCCAAUGUGGGAAGCUUCUGUUCUCUUCUGCCUUUAAUGCUGCGGAUCGAGCCCUCAGAGCGAGUGACGAUCAGGGAUGUGAUCAUCACCUUCGUGAGCAACAACUUCCAGUCCUCCAGUGUCACUCUGGCCCUGCACCAGCAGGUGGCCCCUCCCUUCAUCACUGACCUGCUGCUGGAAAGUAACAUCGCCAGCAUUUUAGAGGUCAUGCAGAGCUACUCCAGCAGACCUGAAGUCCAGCUCCAAGCCAUGAAGAGGCUCGUAAGAAUGCCUGCAGAUCAGCUAGGUCUGCCGUGGCCGAUGGAGCUGGUAGAGAUGCUGGUCGCCAUCAUGAAGCAACACGAGCGGAUCCUUGACGUACAGCUGUGCGCCUGCUCGCUGCUGCUGCGUACCCUGGGUCAAGCGCUGGUGCAGGACCGGGCCGCCGAGGUGCGGAGGGACAGCUCCGUCAUCCCCGCACUGCUGAGCAGCAUGUGGGUCCACCCCGAGUCGCAGCCGCUCCUGGUCAUGGUCUACAGCCUGCUCACCGUCAUCUCCAGCCAGGGUGCGUCUGCCCCGCCCUCCCCGCUCGGCCCGGGGGCCGGGGGGGAACCUGCCUCCCUGAGGUGGCGCGGCCGCCCGCCUUCACUGGGUCCGUUCCACGUGCUUGUCCUUUUCUGGGAUGGGAAGCUUCCGUUCGACUGUCACUUGUUCCCUCCACAAACGUGCAGACACGGACCAGAAUUGGCCUCAGAGAAGCUACAGAAGGCUGGGCUGUUUGAGCACAUCCUGGAGCACCUGAGUACCUUCUCCACCAACAGGGACAUCUGCAUCAAUGGCCUGAGCCUGCUCUGGGCCCUGAUGGUGGACGCUGUCAUUGUGAACAAGACCCCUUUGGAGAAAGCCCCCGUCCUCCUCAUCAAGGUUCUGGCCUCGUACCCUGGGGACGCGGAGAUGGCGGAAGCUGGCUGUGCGGUCUUCUGGCUGCUGUCUUUGCUGGGUUGCAUCAAGGAGGACCAGUUGGAAGACGUGGUGGCCCUGUUCCUGCAAAGCAUCCGGCUGUGCCAGGACAGAGUCCUGCUCGUCAACAACGCCUACCGGGGGCUGGCCAGCCUCGCGAAGGUGUCUGAGCUGGCAGCCCUGCAAGUGGUCGUGCCGGAGGAGGGCGGCAGCGGCCUCGACCUCCUCCAGGAGACGUACCAGCUCCACAAGGACGACCCUGAGGUGGUGGAGAACAUCUGCGUGCUGCUGGCCCACCUGGUCGCCUACGAGGAUAUCCUGCCAGAGCUGGUGUCCAGUGGCAUCCGGCCCCUGGUCAAGGAGAUCAAGGAGCGCUUCACCUCCAGCCUAGUGAGUGUCCGCGGGGGCCACCAACCAGGCCUCCUACCUGCCUCUACAGUCAGAUGCCGGCGCCCUGAAUCCAGGGGCCCAGACUCAAAUCUCUGUGUGUAUAGUUUCUGA